GAGACCCCUUCCCCCCUUUUCCCGUCAAUCCGUCUCCUCCUCCCCCUCCCCAACGUUCCCUGGUCUUCCAUCCAUGGCGGAGCUAGAGCAACGGAUGGGUUGCGAGUAGAAUCGUUCUCAGCAGCAGCAACGCGAGCUCCGGUUCCAAGUCUCCCCUCUUCCCGGAGGAGGAGGAGGAGGAGGUGACUCCGAAGUAGACCGCGAGCGGGGACGGGGCGGGCGAAGGGGAAGAGGAAGAGGAAGAGGAAGAGGAGGGCAGGAUGAGCACGGUGGACAAGAUGCUGAUCAAGGGGAUCCGGAGCUUCGACCCGGAGAACAAGAACGUCAUCACCUUCUUCAAGCCCCUCACCCUCAUCGUCGGCCCCAACGGCGCCGGCAAAACCACGAUCAUCGAGUGCCUGAAGCUCUCCUGCACCGGCGAGCUGCCCCCGAACUCCCGCUCCGGCCACACCUUCGUGCACGACCCCAAGGUGGCAGGUGAGACGGAGACAAAAGGGCAGAUUAAGCUGAGAUUUAAGACGGCAACAGGAAAGGACGUGGUGUGCAUCCGCUCCUUCCAGCUUACUCAGAAGGCAUCAAAAAUGGAGUUUAAAGCAAUCGAGAGUGUCCUACAGACUAUAAAUCCACACACGGGCGAGAAGGUCUGUCUCAGCUACAGAUGCGCUGAUAUGGAUAGGGAGAUUCCAGCUUUAAUGGGUGUUUCAAAGGCUAUACUGGAGAAUGUUAUAUUUGUGCACCAAGAUGAGUCCAAUUGGCCAUUGCAGGAUCCAUCAACACUUAAGAAAAAGUUUGAUGACAUCUUUUCUGCCACCCGUUAUACCAAAGCUCUCGAAGUCAUAAAAAAACUUCACAAGGACCAAGCACAGGAGAUCAAGACUUUUAGGUUAAAGCUGGAGAACCUCCAGACUCUAAAAGAUCAAGCAUAUAGGCUCCGUGACAAUAUUGCUCAAGAUCAGGAGAAGUCAGAUGCCUUAAAAAUCCAAAUGGAGGAAUUGAGAACAAACAUCCAAGGUGUUGAAGAUAAAGUUCGCCGCACGGAAAAAAGUUUGACUGACUUGAGGGGGCUCCAACAGGAAAUUAAAUCCGGUUCAUCAGCUAGAACUACAUAUUUUACACUUCAGCAGCAACAGUAUGCUGCUCUUUCUGAGGAAAAUGAAGAUACUGAUGAUGAACUAAGAGAGUGGCAAAUGAAAUUUGAAGAAAGAAUUGCAUCACUGGAUAUUAAGAUCAGUAAACUACAAAGAGAUGUGGAUGAUGAAAAUACAACGAGAUCCUCCCUGGAUGAGGCCAUAAAUGGUUUGUCGCAAGAUAUAGGAAGGCUCCAGGCAGAAGCUGAUGCUCACAUGUCACUGAAGCGUGAACGGGACACAACCAUCAGAAAGAUCUCCACCAAACAUAAUCUUGGGCCAAUUCCUGAUGCUCCUUUAACCGAUGCUGCUGCCAUGCACCUUACAAACACAAUCAAAGCAAAACUGUCAAAUCUUAACGAUGAUUUGCAGGAUAAGAAGAAAUCUAAUGAGGCACAGAAGCAGUUUCUCUGGGGACGCUAUCUUGAAGUAAAUACUCGCUACUCUGAAGUUGUUGGCCAGAUAGAAUCUAAGGUUGCCUCCAAGAAAGGUAUUUCAAGACGCAUGAAAGAUAAAGAGAAUGAACGUGAUGCUGCGGAAUUGGACCUUUCAAAGCAUAAUCUGCCCCGUAUUGAUGAAAAGGAGAGAUAUCUGCAAAUUGAAGUUGAGAGGAAAGCUCUUGCCCUGGGGGACAGGAACUAUGAUUUGAUUAUAACUCAGAAGCGCACAGAGAUAUUUAGCUUGGACGAGAAGAUAAAAGCACUUCAGCGGGAAAAAGAUAACAUAAUGAGUGAUUCCAAUGACAGAGUACUGCUAGACUUGAAGAAGGAUGAGUUGGAACAAUGCAAGAAGAAAAUUAAGAAGAUAGUUGAUGAGCAUGAGAACAAAAUCAGAAGUGUUCUUAAGGGCCGUCUUCCUUCAGAGAAGGAUCUUAAUAAGGAGAUCAGUCCAGUCUUUGGGUCUGUAGAAAGAGAAUAUGAUGAUUUGAACUCAAAAUCUCGGGAAGCAGAGCAAGAAUUGAAAUUAGUGCAGAUGAAAAUACGUGAUGCUAGGAGCCACUUAUCAAAGCUUCAAAAGGAAUUGGAUGCAAAGAGAAGCUAUGUGGAGUCCAAACUUCGAUCCAUUACAAAGAUUUCUGCUGACAUUGACAUGUUUCCCAAACUUCUGAAAGAUGCCCAGGAAGAAAGAGAUAAACAGAAAAACAACUUCAAUUUAGCGAAGGGAAUGCGGGAAAUGUAUGAUCCUUUUGAAAAAGUGGCUCGUGAGCACCACAUGUGCCCUUGCUGUCAACGCGCUUUCACACCUGAGGAAGAGGAUCAAUUUGUAAAGAAGCAAAGGACAACAUGUGCAACUACUGCAGAGCGCAUGAACAUGAUGGCUUUGGAAUGCUCAAAGGCUGAAGAGUUCUUCCAGCAAUUCAAUAACCUCCAGUCAACCUAUGAUGAAUUUGUGAAGCUGGGAAAAGAGACUAUACCUUUAGGAGAGAAUAAUUUGAAACAACUUUUGGCAGAUGAAUGUGAGAAGGCACAAACAUUUGAUGAUCUUGUCAGUGUUCUUGCUCAAGUUAAAAUGGACAAGGAUGCAGUGCAUGUAUUGCUACAGCCAAUUGAAACGAUUGAGAGGCACAUACAGGAGAUACAUCAAUUAGAACCACAAGUUCAAGAUCUUGAAUAUAAGCUUGAUUGUCGUGGCCAAGGUGUGAAACCUUUGGAGCAAAUCCAGCUGGAGUUGAACUCUGUGCAGAGGACAAGGAACACAUUGAAUAAUGAAGUGGAUGAUCUAAGGGAUCAACAAAGAACACUGACUGAUGAUCUGACCAAUGCUCAGAUGCGAUGGCACGAUGUUAGGGAAGAGAAGCUAAAAGCUUCAGGUGCUGUGCUAAGAUUUAAAAAAGCUGAAGAGGAUUUGGAACGUCUAGCUGAGGAGAAAGAAGAUCUAACCUUAGAAGAGAAGCAUUUAGAAGAGGCUCUUGGUCCAUUGUCUAAAGAAAGAGCGAACUUAAUGCAAGAGCAUGAAGCUUUGAAAGAAAAACUUGAUCAGGAGUAUCAUCAGCUGGCAGAAAGAAAAAUGGAAUUCCAGCAGGAAAUUGAUGCACUCGAGGCACACAAUGAUCGGAUCAAAGAGUACCUGAAUUCAAAGAAGGAUGAGAAGCUUAAGUCACUGCAUGAAAAGCGUGCUCAAAAACAGUCUGAUCUACAGAAAUGUAAGGAAACAAAGAAUGAAAAAGAGACAGAGUUAAAGCGGAGCCAAGAGCUAUUGCAGAGCCAAGAUCAAUUGAAAAGAAACAUUGAUGACAACCUUAACUACAGGAAAACAAAGGCUGAAGUGGAACGACUCACUCGUGAAAUAGAAUUACUUGAGGAAAAAGCAAUUUCCAUUGGUAGCCUGCAUACUAUAGAAGCUGAUCUUAAGCAACAUUCACAAGAAAAAGAGAGGCUUCUUUCAGAGUAUAAUAGGUGUCAAGGAACACAGUCUGUUUAUCAAAGUAAUAUUUCAAAACACAAGCUUGAACUUAAACAGACGCAAUACAAGGAUAUCGAGAAGCGAUACUUUAACCAACUUCUUCAGCUAAAGACAACUGAGAUGGCAAACAAGGACUUGGACCGAUACUAUGCUGCAUUGGAUAAGGCUCUUAUGCGGUUCCACACUAUGAAAAUGGAGGAGAUAAACAAAAUAAUUAAGGAAUUGUGGCAGCAGACUUAUCGGGGCCAAGAUAUCGACUAUAUAAGCAUUAAUUCUGAUUCUGAUGGUGCUGGCUCUCGAUCAUACAGCUAUCGUGUUGUCAUGCAAACAGGUGAUGCUGAACUGGAAAUGAGAGGGCGCUGCAGUGCUGGCCAGAAGGUGCUUGCUUCUCUUAUAAUCAGACUGGCAUUGGCAGAAACAUUCUGUCUGAACUGUGGCAUAUUAGCUCUAGAUGAGCCCACCACUAAUCUAGAUGGGCCUAAUGCAGAGAGCCUCGCUGCUGCCCUUUUGAGAAUAAUGGAGAGCAGGAAAGGACAGGAGAACUUCCAGCUGAUUGUAAUCACCCACGACGAGAGGUUUGCUCAGCUUAUUGGCCAGAGACAGCUCGCCGAGAAAUACUACCGAGUCUCCAAGGAUGAACACCAGCACAGCAAAAUCGAAGCCCAGGAGAUAUUUGACUGAAGAUGCGGCUCCUGUAACUUCUUAACAUUGCAAUG